UUGGGGUUCCUGACGAUCGACUGCGGCCUGAGCCACAACAACAUCUGCUUGACGUCCGUCUUCGUGGACAAGGCGGGCGAAUGGAAGAUUGGAGGCGUGGACUACAUGUGCCCGGCCACCGAGGCCCCGCCCGCCAAGACGCUGCCCUCCCUGGACCGCUACAACCCCCCGGAGUUGUCCAACCCCUCUUCCGGAAGGGCCAAGCCCGGACCAAAGUGGGCUCGCGACAGCUGGGGUCUUGGCUGUCUCAUUUGGGAAGCCUUCAACGGCCCCCUGCCCAAGGCUUCGGCCCUCGAAUCUCCGGGCAAGAUCCCGAAGCCCCUUUCAUCAGCAUACAGUCAGCUAACCAACUCCACCUGCAAUUCUCGGCCCAGUCCAAAUGACAUUGUCACCCGGUGUCGUUCGUCUGGUGGGUUCCUCAAGAACAGCUUUGUGGACACCAUGCUCUUUAUCGAGGAGAUACAGAUCAAGGACAGCACAGCCAAGAACCGUUUCUUUGCGGGACUUCCUGCCAUGAUGGACAACUUCCCACCCAACGUGUGCAAGUACAAGAUCCUGCCACAGCUCAUCAACUCCUUUGAGUUUGGGGACGCGGGUUCGUCAGUACUCACGCCGCUGUUCAAGAUUGGUCGGAUGCUGGAUGCAGACGAGUAUCAGAAGAAGAUUGUCCCCUGCGUGGUCAAACUCUUUUCGUCCAAGGACCGGGCAACUAGGGCAAGGCUUCUGCAGCAGGUGGACCAGUUUAUGGACCACCUGAGCCCUGAGGUGGUGAACCAGGAGGUGUUCCCACACGUGGUCCAGGGCUUCUCGGAUACCAACCCAACCAUCCGGGAGCAGACGGUCAAGGCCAUGGUGCACAUGGCACCCAAGCUCAACUACCACAACCUCAACGAGGAGGUCAUGAAGCACUUUGCCCGCCUGCAGGCCAGGGACGACCAGGGGGGGAUACGGACCAACACAACUGUGUGCCUUGGCAAGAUAGCCUGCCAUCUCCAUCCUCAG